AUGAUUCUUCGUGAGAGGCGAAUAAAGGACAAGUGCGCGCCCGGCGACAACUGCCCUUCUUCACGUGGACGUGGACAUGGACACGAUGACGAUAGCGACGGUGACAGCGACGACGACGGCAAUGGUGACAACGCCGACGAAGACGACGACGACGACGGCAAUGGUGACAACGCCGACGAAGACGACGACGACGACGGCAAUGGUGACAACGCCGACGAAGACGACGACGACGACGGCAAUGGUGACAACGCCGACGAAGACGACGACGACGACGGCAAUGGUGACAACGCCGACGAAGACGACGACGACGACGGCAAUGGUGACAACGCCGACGAAGACGACGACGACGACGGCAAUGGUGACAACGCCGACGAAGACGACGACGACGACGGCAAUGGUGACAACGCCGACGAAGACGACGACGACGACGGCAAUGGUGACAACGCCGACGAAGACGACGACGACGACGGCAAUGGUGACAACGCCGACGAAGACGACGACGACGACGGCAAUGGUGACAACGCCGACGAAGACGACGACGACGACGGCAAUGGUGACAACGCCGACGAAGACGACGACGACGACGGCAAUGGUGACAACGCCGACGAAGACGACGACGACGACGGCAAUGGUGACAACGCCGACGAAGACGACGACGACGACGGCAAUGAUUAA